CUUUCCUGGCCAGGAGUCUUUUUGGGUUUGCUCUUCUAAAACAAUUUGGGUCUCUAUUUCAAUCUCUUGCAGAAAUCCCUCUGGGUUGUUGUUGUUGAAGUGAUGCCUGUUAUUUCCUUGAAGAGCCGGAGCUUCUCUCAAGUUACUCCGCAUUUACUGCAAUGGAGCCGCCAGCAGUUCCCGCCGGGGCGAGCUUAAACCCUAACGGCAGGAUUUUCGGCCGGAAGCCUGAUUUCGGAGGCGCAUUUGAUCUCAACGAGUGUCCUUCCGCCGCCGAAGGCUUUGGCGCGGGGGAGUGUGGCGGUGGGGGUUUGGGGAUGGACGUGACUGAUUUGAGAGUUGCCGGAAGUUCAACAAGUUCCGGCGUUGGAUGCUCUGCUUUGGAGCAUGAGAAGAUCACUUAUACGCAGCUCUUGACCGGCGUUGAAUCUGGAGCACCGGCAAUUGCAGUGGCCACUGAGAUGAGUUCUUGUGGCAUUCCUGAUAUCAGUAUGAUUAGAACUCCAAGUCCAGUGGAGAAAGAAGAGGGUUUCAAGAAAAAGCGGCAACGAAAUGUUAAAAUGAAGAAACAUAGACCCAAAAUUUUUGAUGAUAGCAAACCCAGAAGGAUCCCACGACCUGCUUCUAAAAGGGAAAGUGUGAAGAGGAAAUAUAAUAGCGAAAACAGUCUUGGCCAAUCACCUGUUUCGGCCAUUAGAUCGAGAAAGUUGCCCAAGCCUUCAGCUUUUAACCCUCAAACUCCUAAGCCAUUAGCUAAGAAGAAGAGAAAAGGUACUCUCAAAGCAUCAACGCACUGUUUGGAAUCAUGUAAACGAGGGAUCAAUUUCAAUUUAGAAAAAUCUGUAGAAGAAAAUGAAAACAACAUUUCCAUAGAGACAACUGGUAUAGAUAUGGAAGGUAAUCUCAGCUCCUACACGCAUCCACUAUCCUUGAAGUUGGAAAAUAGGUCACAGAACAUUUAUGCGACUAAACUCAUCAAUGCAGAUGACAAGGGGGAGAUUCUUGUGGGCAAUAAUAGGGCAAUUGUUUCCCCAGAUGACAUUGGUAAGCAAACUGUUUAUCAUGCCAAGCAACCUGGAAAUGACAUCUUGAAUAACUUGAGUCUCAACUUGAAACCAACAGAGUCAAGUUACAACUGCAAUGGAGGCAAAGAGAUGAUUGGUAUGGUUAACCAAAAUGGAUGCCGAAGUACCUCUUUGCAAGUUUACUGUAGGAAAUUACAAGCCACUGAUUUGCUGAGGUAUAGUAGAAAGUUUGGGCCCCAUUGUCUGAGUAUAUUUAAGGGGAGGAGGACAAAGAGACAGAAAGCACCUUUUUACAAUUUAAGGUUCAUGGAGAGCAACAUAAAAAAGAAAGUGGUGCCUUCCGGAUAUGAACUGCGCAGUUCCUUCAAGCAAUGUUUUGAGUUUACAAUCAACCGACACAACCUUUUAGCAGUCCUUCCUAUAAAAAGUCAAAUGGAAGCAGCUAUUGAUGAUCCAGAGUCUUUCAAGUGCUCAAUUUCAUUGUGUCCUAUAGUGAAAUCUAGAAGGAAAAGAUCUAAAAGGUUCCCUCGAUAUUGCACAACACAUUUGCAAGUGUCACAUUCUACACUGGUGAAGAAUAGUAGUGAUUCAGAACUCCUCUGCCAUGCUGAACACAUUUCACACAUAAAAGAGGAAUCCCCAUGUCUUGAAUCCACUCCCCAAGAAAAUCUAGAGAUAAGACGUAGUGCUUCCUCACACACCAAGGAAGAUCCCUCGCGUAUUGAACCUACUCUUCAAGAAAAUCUUGGGCCAAUAGCACAGGGUGCUUCUGGUUUAGAGUCUAAGUUUGGAUCUGAAACUCGUCAUGUACAAGAUGGAGAGCUACCUGAUAUUGACUGCCAGCUAAAAGAAGCUUUAACCCCAACCGUUGAGAGUGCUUUCUCACACACCAAGGAGGAUCCCUCACGUACUGAACCCUCUCUUCAAGAAAUUAUUGGGCUGAUAGAACAGAGUGCUUCUGGUUUAGAGUCUAAAUUUGGAUCUGAAAAUCAGUUACUACAAGAUGGAAAGCUAUGUGAUAUUCAGUGCCACUUGAUUAAAGCUUUCAUUCCAACCAUCAAGAGAUCAGAUGAAAAAGUGAAACUUAAAAUCUAUUCUCCUCAGAUAGAAGCUACUUUCCAGCAAGGCCUUUUGCCAAUUGCGCAGAGGUCACAACCUAAAUUUAAUGUUAACAAACGCCGUGUACAUCGUAAAAAUGUCAUGGCAGGAACAGGUUCACAGGUUGAAUCCAAAGUGAGUGACAUUGAGUCAAUCAUCCAGCUAUUGGAGAGGCUGCAAAUAAACGAGCAAUACCAGCAGAUAGUGCGGCAUAGAAAUCUUCAAGGUGCAAUACUUCCCUACCAAAAGAAAAUGGAUCCUCAGAAGAAACAAAAAGUACCCAAGGUAGAUCUGGACCCAGAAACAAUCAGAAUGUGGAAUCUAUUGAUGGAGAAAGAUGCAAGUGAAUUGCCUAAGGAUACGGAGGAGGAGAAGAGAACAAAUUGGGAAGAGCAAAGGGAAUUGUUUCGUAAACGUGUGGAAGUAUUCAUUUCCUGCAUGCAUGUUAUUCAAGGUGAUAGACGUUUCUCGCCAUGGAAAGGAUCAGUAGUGGAUUCAGUUGUUGGAGUCUUUUUAACUCAAAAUGUUUCGGACUAUCUAUCCAGCAAUGCCUUUAUGUCUCUUGCUGCCGAAUUCCCUCCACCAUCGAGGUGUAGUGAUCAUCAAGGGGAAACCCCGUGCAGUCAAUCAUUGGAUUUAUUAAUCCCACAAUCACCCAGAGCCUUCAUCCCUUCGACUGAAGACAAAGAGAUUGGCUCAAUGGAAGAUGGAUGUGUGGUGGUAAAUGUUCCUGUGGGACAUGUUGCUUCUGGUUCCUCUCCCGAUAAACACCAGAUAGUCGCUCAUGAGCCAUCUACCAUUGAAAAGUCUAAUGUUCCAAAAGAAAUUCCUAACUUUAAACAAAGUGAUAAAGUGGAAAAAAUGCUAAAACCCGAUGUGGACUGGGAGGAAUUGAGAAGAACCUAUUGUAAUUUAAUCAGGACUCCGGGAAUAAACUUGGAUGCUGUUGAUUGGGAUGCAGUUAGACGUGCUCCUGUUGAAGAAAUAGCAAAAAUUAUCGAGAGUAGAGGAAUGAAUAAUGUUCUUGCAGCAAAGAUUAAGGCCUUCCUCCAGCGGUUGGUUCAUGAUCAUGGAAGCGUUGACCUAGAGUGGCUAAAAGAUAUCCCUCCUGAUAAAGCCAAGGAAUUUUUAUUGAGCAUAAGAGGGGUGGGUUUGAAGAGUACCGAGUGUGUGCGGCUUUUGACGCUUGGUCAUCUUGCUUUUCCUGUCGAUACAAAUAUUGCUCGAAUAGCAGUGCGACUUGGAUGGGUCCCUUUGGAACCACUGCCUGGGGAUCUUCAGAUACAUUUACUAGAACAGUACCCCCAGAUGGAUGCCAUUCAAAAGUAUCUUUGGCCACGCCUUUGCACAUUGGAUAAAAAUAUAUUGUAUGUAUUGCAUUACCAAUUAAUCACCUUUGGAAAGGUUAUCUGUACGAAGAAGAAUCCAAACUGUAAUGCGUGCCCAUUGAGAGCAGAGUGCAGACACUUUGCAAGCGCAUUUGCUAGUUCAAGGCUUCGCCUUCGAGGAGCAGGAGAGAGAAGUGUGGUUGUCUCACAAAAUGAAGUAAGAGACAUUGAAGACUUCCCCUAUGGAUGUGGGGACAAGGGUACCAAAUGCUAUACACAAACUCGUGCAACUGCCAUUGAAAUUCUACCACCUCUAGAGGCUGAAUCUACUGGAGCACUGGAAAGAGCCACUGAAGAUUUUCCAUACACAUUGGAUGAGAAGGAUAUGAAAUCCUAUGUUCACAAUUGUGAUGAGCCUAUCAUUGAAGUUCCAGCAUCUCCAGAACCGGAAUCCACGGUAUCACUUGAAAGGGGCAUUGAAGAAAUUCCAUAUGAGUCAGAUGAUGAUGAGAUACCUCACUUCAGGCUUGAUACGGAAGAAUUCAAAAGAAAUUUGCUAAAUUAUUUGAAUCCAGAUGACGUGAAAGAAGAAGUAUCAAAUGCUUUGGUUGCUUUGACUCCAAAUGGUGCUACAAUACCAGCACCUAAAAUUAAGACGGUUGAGCGAUUAAGGACGAAACACCGAGUCUAUAUUCUUCCAGAUACACAUCCGCUUUUGAAUGACUUUCCAAAACGGGAAUGUGAUGAUCCUUGCCCCUAUCUUCUCGCAAUUUGGCCAAAAGAAUCUUCCAAUAAAUCAGAAAAGGAAAGCAGCUCCCAGGAAUCUGAGAUGUGUGGUGGAGAUAUAGACUCUCUAGGCAAUGCUACUCAAGAAGCAAAUGACCAAACAGUUUGUGGAACAAUUUUGAUACCAUGUCGAACAGCAAACAAAGGAAGCUUUCCCCUUAAUGGAACAUAUUUUCAAGUCAAUGAGGUAUUUGUUGAUCAUGAAUCCAGUGAAUGUCCAAUUAAUGUCCCUCGGAAAUGGAUUUGGGCAUUGGAACAACGAAAUCUAUAUUGCGGAAGCACUGCAUCAGCAAUAUCCAGAGGUAUGGACAUGCAGGAGAUUCAACAUUGCUUUUGGAAUGGGUUUAUUUGUGUGAGAGCAUUCAACAGGCGAACGUGCAAGCCAGAGCAUCUUGGAAAACGGUUCCAUGAACUCCCCAGUGUUGCUGGGAAGAAGAAAAUUCUUGAUGAUGAAUAAUAAUAAUAAUAAGAUGAGAGUUGGAACAUGGCUGAAUUGGAGUCUAAAACUAACCAUUCAUGUUAUUGACAUACUCUCCAACAUAUAUUUGACAUUAUGACAUUGUCACAUUCUUUAGGCAUUGAUUAGUGCUCCCUCCUCUCUCUCCUAAAACAGCUAUGUUUCAAAAUUUGACUCCAAAGUCAAAAAUCAACUUGUGGGGUGCAA